ACACCAGAAUAAACUGUUGGCAUGCUGCCAUUCAAACAAGGGUGGGACAAGAGGUAAACACUGUACAAGGAUAGACUUUACAACGAAGUAAAUAAAAACAUGGCGCUUACUUUGAGGGAGGACUACCUCCUCUCUGCGGCCAUCGACUUUGGCACCACGUAUUGUGGGGUCAUGUUUUCUCUCCGGAAGGACUUCGAGGAGGGAAAUCGUUUGCGUAUUUGGGGAAACCAGCAGGACAACAAGGGAGAUAUGAAUUCUCUCCAAGAGCCCACUACCGUGCUGCUGGAUCCGGAGAGGAAGUUCCUGUCGUUCGGAGUAGAGGCAGAAGAUAAAUACAAAAACUUUGCGUUAAAAAGUGCUCAUCGAGAGCACUAUUACUUCCGACAUUUCAAGAUGACACUUCACCGACAAAUUGAACUGACUCUAUACACAGAGUUAGAAGAUAUAAAUGGGAAAAAACACAGAGCCAUCGCCAUUUUUACAAUGGCCAUUAGAUUCUUGAAGGAAAGGCUGUUGCAAAAUAUAAAGAGACGUGAAUUCAGUUAUAUUGGAGAGCACGAGAUUCGCUGGGUACUGACCGUUCCUGCGAUGUGGUCAGAGAAAGCUAAGCAGUAUAUGAGAGAAGCCGCCAAAGAGGCAGGGAUUCCAUAUAAUCAGUUAGCCAUUGCCCUAGAACCGGAAGUUGCUGCGGUAUAUUGUAAAGAGUUAUCGAUACAGAGGAAGGAGGCCCAAAUGUUGGCGACAUUUGACCCCAAAUCUCGCUACAUGGUUCUUGAUCUUGGAGGUGGUACAGGUGACGUCACACUACAGGAGGUACAAGACGAUGGGACACUCCAGGAAUUCUGGUGCGCGGAGGGUGGGGACUGGGGAGGGGUAGGAAUUGACAAAGAAUUCUACGAUCUUCUAGAAAAGUUACUCGGCAAAGAUGUGUUUGAAAAAUUUAAGUACGAACACACGUAUGAAUGGAUUAGCAUGCAAGAGGAAUUUGAACAAAACAAGAAGAAGAUAAAAUCCUCUGGAACUGAUCAGAAUGAACUCAUUGUCACCCUCCCUAUACAGUUAUUAAAACUACACAACACUAUGAUUGAAUCUUCCCUGGGUGAUGUCAUGAAGACGACCCAGUUUAAGGAUCAAAUUGAAUUGGUACAAGAGAACAAACUGAUUUUGAAGGAUUCUAUUGUGUCCCAUUUCUUUGAGAAGACACUGAAAACUAUCACAGAUCAUGUCCAGAGUAUUUUCAAUAAUACAGAAACCACUGGGGUGGAUACAGUCGUUUUGGUUGGUGGCUUUGCGGAUUCUGAUGUUGUGCAACACAGAAUCAAGAAAGACUUCCACACCAAAAAGGUUAUAAUUCCAAGCGAAGCUGGAAAAGCUGUGCUGAAAGGAGCCGUUAUAUUUGGCCACAAUCCUCAAGCCAUAUCGGCUCGCAUCAGCCCAUGUACAUACGGGCUACACACCCAAAAACCUUACAGCAGCGUAUACCCCAGUGAUAGGAAGUCGAUCGUUGAUGGAAAGGCUGUUGUACGAAACGUUUUUGACAAACACAUAGAAAUUGGAGAAAUUGUUUACAUAUCUAAGCCGAAAAAGAGGCAAACGUUUUACGUCAUUGAUAAUACAAAAGCAGAGGUUUUCUGGAACGUGUACAGGUCUACUAAAAAAGAUCCACUGCUCUGUGAUGAUCCCAGUUGCGUCCAAAUCGGGGUUUUACGGGUUCACGUUGACCCUGACAAAAGUGAGAAGCGACGAGAACUCGGAGUGUGUUUGAUAUGUCGCGGAACGGAACUUGAGGCGGAAGCAGUAGACAAGAAUACUGGGAAAUUAUACCAUGCAACGUUCGAUUUCUUGCAACGCAGCGGUGAAAUUUAUCAUUAAGUAGCUUGUAUUAAGUGGCUUGCAUUAAGUAUCGCUUCAUUAUAAAGGUGGCAUAGAGGGUAAAAGGAAAGGUGUUGGGGGAGGAAGAAAAGGGAAGUGAGGAGGGUUGUCGAGAAAAGGAGGCGGUAAAAGUGUGAGAGGUGAGGCAAGACAAGUUAGAAAAUGGAGAAGGAGGGGUGGGAAGAGAUGUCUGAGAGAUGGUCGGGAGUCGGACCCUGUGUACAUCUCAUUCAGUUUCGGUAUAUCUUCAGACAGCCUUGCAUCACCAGAAAGCGCUGUAGAGAGUGUAGCUCUACUGGUGUAUAACAGAGAAGCAGUCAUCAUAUUCACAAUUUUCUCAUCUUUCCUGCGUAGUUUAACUGUAGAUGUAAUAAAACCACUUCUAUUAACUAAGGCAUUAUAGGAUAUUUGAUUUAUCCUGGAAGAACAUUCUUCAUUUUUUGAAGACAAAAAAUCAGAAACAGAAACAUUAAACCCUUUAAGUGUAACGUUCAUUUGUCCUUAGGAAGAAACGGGUUGUGUCGUUGGGUUAUUUUAUGCUUUACAUAGUUUUCCUGCUGACUUUGUAUCUGUUUUAUACAUAGGUCAGAUAUUUUAAGGGUUUUUUAGUGUUCAUUGAUAUACAUGUACAUCUAUCUAUAUCGCACCCACUACACUAUACAUUGUCCUUUUUUUGUAACGUGGAUUAUUGCAUCAUAUUACACUCAAUAAUUUCAAUAUAUAGACAUUCUGGGGGUUUUUCUCAGCAUUUGUAAUAUUAUUUUCAGAAUUAGUCUGCAUUUCUAUCUUGUUUAUUUAGUCAAAUUUUAUAUUUUCAUAUUGCUGGUCAUUUUCAGUGCUUUAUAUAUCCUUUAUCAUGUAACCUCGUAUCUGAAUUCGGAUCUGACACUGGACUUUGGAUGUUGAGUGUUGUUAGUAUAUAUAUAUAUAUAUAUAUAUAGAGAGAGAGAGAGAGAGAGAGAGAGAGAGAGAGAGAGAGAGAGAGAGAGAGAGGAGAUAGUUAUGAUCUUGUUGACCUCGCACUUCGGGUAAUAUUGGGGCGCUGGAGAUAUGAGAUUGGUUUGGUUUGGACAUAUUUAUUUUAUAGUUAUGAUGUUUACAACAAAAGGAUUGGGCAAACGUUCUUAAAACUUAGAACACCCUCUCCUAGAGCCUCUGUAGGGAGGAUGAAGGAAAUUCGCUUUAAAGCAUUCAGCGCCAAAAUAUCUACUGAUAAAUAUAUUUCGUAAAAUGAAAUUGCACCAAAAAUCUAAGGUUCCGGUCUAAACCUUUGAGAAAAUUCCGCUAUAAAUCUUUCCGACAUCAAAAGUAUCCGAUAUACGGCGAUUCCUCUAUGAGAGGCCAACGUAUUUAUUAAUCUUGUUUGAAGUUCCGUCUCAUUUGAAACACGUAAAACUUGUACCAGUCUUUACAAACUGAAAUUUUUAUACAUGUAAUGAUAUUUUUUUAAGAUAUUGAAUUCUUAAAUCAUUAUACACUGCACAUAUACACAUUGGACAUUUGAAUAUAAAACCAUUAGUUGUUUUAAAAAGUCACAACCUGAUCUGUUAAUGUUAUCAACAAAUUUCCAUUUCAAUACACAGACGAUGAGGCGACAGUCUAAAUACAAGCAACAUUUUUAUGCAGACGAUAUAUGGGUUUACAUGCAUUUAUUCGUUUAAAAAAAUUGUGUGUAUCAAACGUAAAGACACAGUGGCAACACAACGUAGAACGAGAACUUUUGUUGAUGUUUUGAAAGCAUGUUUUAUUUAUUCAUAUCAGAAAAAUCAUACGUAUUUAAAUUGUUAAAACCUGUUUAGAAGUAAACGAAGGCUGUCUAGUUCAUCAAGUAUUUUUGUGACCCUUGCAUCAUUCGUAUGAAUCCUUUCUUCGAAACAGGAUUUCACAACGAUGUCUUUACAAAAGGCAAAUAAAAGAAAAAAAAAUAGUAAUUAAAAAAACAAUCAAAACCAACAAAAAAAAAAAAAUAAAAUCAUAAAAAACCCCAAAAGACCAAAAACAAAGAACAAGACAAAACGACAACCUGCCAAAUUCGAAAUAAACUACUAGUUUAACUAGUAUAUGGAUCUGUAUGACAUUCAAUGUUCCUCUGUAGUUUAAUCAAAUUCAUCUACAGUAUAUCUAUUUCAAUUUCAUUCGAAUCACAUGUAUGUAAACUUGUCACCAAAUUUUACCGUGGAAGGUCUCGUUUAGUUAUCUUGUUAAAUUUUUGUCUGUUGUUGACUCUUUUGGACAUAUUAGUGUUUUAUCAUCAGGAAGAAGAGUCUCUUCCUUUUUGUGUAAAUAUACCUCUGUAUAAAAGAGUAAAACGUAUCUGAUACAGUAGAUCAUGGAGCCGUGAGCUAAUUCUACUGUCGAAACCAUUAAAUCAUACAAAACAGG